AUGCCUAGCAAAAACCUCAGAAUUCAACCGCUUGGCAAUUCAAUAACAUUCGGCUACUUGUCUAGUGAUGGAAAUGGCUUUCGGCUCGCCCUUCUCGAUCUACUCACUGCUGCUGGAAACACGGUCCAAUAUGUUGGCUCCAUUCAAGCAGGUAACAUGACCAACAAUCAAAACGAGGGACACCCCGGAGCCGUCAUAUCCGAUGUGGCCGAAAAUGCCCAGCUAUCCCUCUCCGAGGAACCAAACCUGGUUCUGCUCAUGGCCGGCACGAACGAUAUGACUAGAGGUAUAAAUAUCACCACGGCCCCCGAUCGACUCGGUGAACUCAUCGACGAGAUUACAUCCGCGGUUCCGAACAGUACCAUUCUAGUAGCACAACUCAGCCCAUCCAAGAUACCUUCCGUCUACGAGGUAAUGGUGACGUUCAACUCCAAGAUCCCCGAUAUUGUGGCAUCGAAAGUGGCGGCUGGCCACAAGGUCUUUACUGUUAACAUGAUGGACUAUGUCACGUUGGACGAUUUAAAGGAUGAUGUGCACCCGACCGAUUAUGGGUAUCAGCAGUUGGCAAAAGCUUGGUUCGCGGGCAUUCAAGAGGUUCAGAGAAAAGGAUGGAUAAACCCGCUAGUUUCGAUAAACGUCACUUAG